AUGUUGUCACUCAAGUCAGAGCUCCCCAUGUCGCCCCCAGAUGAUGCAGCCUUCCGCAGUGGUACUUCGGGUGGUUUCAGCGAAGACGAUGACCUUCCGGAUGAGCGCUCCCCAACAUCUUCUCAGGAGCUACUCAGUCCCUGCCCUUCGUCUUACAUGGACGCCGACGAAUUUGACGACGCCGAGUCUGGUGACUCGUCCUCCACGGCAUCCCAGCUUUCCGCUAGACGCAAGCGGGCCCCGAAAACUUCAGCGCGAUCCAGGACAACGGCUUCUACGCUGAAGGUACCAGGGCAGCCCAAGAUGAAAAAGACCCGGCGGCUUAAGGCCAACGACCGCGAGAGAAAUCGAAUGCACAAUCUCAACAGCGCUCUGGAUCGUCUCCGCUGUGUUUUGCCGACUUUUCCCGAUGACACCAAGCUGACCAAGAUCGAAACGCUCAGGUUUGCGCACAACUACAUUUGGGCCCUUUCGCAAACGCUCAAGAUAGUCGAGUCCAAGGCGGAGAAGAAGGAUCCACCGGAGAUGCCUCAGGACGCGCUCACGACGACGCCGACAUCACCCGCUGGACUUCAUGAGUCGACGACCACGCCUUUGGUAGCCACACUGACCCCGUUGGCUACCAGUGGGCCUACUACACCUCGAGGAUAUUACACGCCCCCUCUGUCCGUGACGUCAUCUCCAUCGCCCGUGAGGCAGCACACACCUUCAUCAGCGUGUCUAGGGUCGCCUUCGACGCCGUGGAACUUGUCAUCCUGUCCGGGUUCUGUGGUUGUGUCGACGCCGGCUAGUUCUGUGGACUUUUCGGAUUCCUCGUGUUCCGGAUCGGAGUGCGGCUUCACGACUUACGAAGCCUUAUGA